AUGGAUUCGGCCCCGACAAAACGGCGAAAGCUUGACCACACGCAGGAUGGCGCAGAGCUGGCCUUGGAAUCAGCUGCUUCAACAGGCGUUUCCAGGUCCAGGGCAUUCAUUCUCGAGGCCGAGGAGCUAUUAGACUCUGUGCGCCUGGACUACGGGAUUGCUCUCGAGGGUGCCGACAGUCUUUUGCAUCGCAUUAAAGGUGUAAUUGAGGGUAUAAAGGCCCACGAUGCACUGCCGCUCGUCCAAGCCGCAUCCAAGCUCGAGAAGAAGCACAAGAUCAAAGUCCCCUUCCCCGACCCGCGUCCCCAAGAGAAUUCCAACUACAAGGUCGCCUUCUCAAAACCCGCCCAGUUCAACGUUGUUGGCAGCUAUGUCUCUAAGACUAUGGUCAAGUCACAAAAAGACUACGCCGUUGACAUGGUCAUUGUCCUCCCCGAGGAGAUCCUACAGGAGAAGGACUAUCUUGACCUACGCUAUUUUUACAAGAGGGCAUAUUAUCUAGCCGUUGUUGCCGCCGCUCUACGGAAGGAAUUCGAAAGCGAGGCCCAGCUGUCCUACGAGCACCUCAACGGCAACCCCCUCUGCCCCGUCCUCGCGAUCCAGCCGAAUGCUCCCAAAACAGAAGAAUCAGCAAACCCGGGAAGUAAGGGUACCCUGGACUUUAGGAUACGGAUUCUUCCAUGCGCACCUGACGGGUUCUUUCCGAAGAUAAAGCUCCAUUUGGGCGCCAAUCUGGUUCGCAAGAACCGCGAUGAUGACUCGAAACCAUCUCUCAAGCCCACAUCAUUUUAUAACUCGACAGUCGUUGCAGAGAGCUGCUACUUGCCGUACCUCAAGGUCUUACGGCAGGCCGAGAAGAGAUGCGCGGCCUUCAAAAACACCUGCAUCCUGGGCCGCAUCUGGUUGCAGCAAAGAGGCUUUGGAGGGGAUAUUUCGCAAGGCGGCUUUGGCCAUUUUGAGUGGGCGGUGCUUCUAGCUCUCCUCCUCCAGGGGGGCGAGAGCAAAGGCCAUGCUGCUCUGCCUUCGUCCCUCAGUAGCACCCAGCUUUUCAAGGCCGUGGUCCAGUUCCUCUCGGUGACUAAUUUUGCGGAGAAGCCUUGCGUGUUCGGUCAGGGAAGCCCAGAUCUGGAAUCACAUUCCGAAACCACCCCCAUCCUUUACGAUUCCGCAAGACAACUUAAUCUUGCUUUCAAGAUGGGGCCUUGGUCGGGCGCGCUGCUUCAUCGACACGCUAAAUGGACCCGGAGCUUACUCUCCGAUAGCACCGCUGAUCAGUUCAACCCUACCUUCAUCCUCAAGACAGACGUCUCAUUGCACAGCUUCGACCUGAUUGCGCGGCUGAAUAUCGAUGGGGCACUAAAGGAAACAAGCGCAGAUUCCCGGGGACCAGCAUGGGAGGCCGGCAGCAAAGUCUACCGGACCUUGAAAAGGGCACUAGUAGACAAGGAAAUGGGAGAAAGAGCUCGCCUGAUCCACCUUCGGACUUCAGCUCACCAACCAUGGCCUUUGGCGGCGGAGCCCAAGCCUCGAAGCAAAUCGCCGCUGGAGGUCGGCAUUCUUUUUGACCCCGUCAACAUGGCACGGACGGUCGACCGUGGCCCGUCUGCCGGACCAAGCGCUGAAGAAAAGGAAGAGUGCGAAGAGUUCCGCAAGUUCUGGGGUGAAAAGUCUGAGCUCAGACGCUUCGAACGCGACACUAUCCGAGAGACACUGAUUUGGGCCUCAACGACUCCUUUUGACCUGUGUGAGGAAAUCCUGCGAUACGUCCUCGGCCGUCACCUGCGCAUUGGGCAGCUUCACAAUGAGAUCGCCGUUUAUGGUGAUGGGUUACCCGACCUACUCUCCCUAAAACCCGCCGACUCUGCCUUGUUCAACGUGGCCAAGAAGGCGUUCGGUGCCUUCGAGCGCGAUAUUCGGGACCUGGAGGACCUACCCCUCCGUGCGUCCGGCAAGUGGCCGGAAAGCCUUGCCGCUAUCCAACGGACCAAGAUUGCUUUCCUUCUGAUGAUCGGCAGUCUCCUGGAAAACAGCAAGCCCGGGGAGAUUAAGACACACGUCGGGCUUGAAGACUCCAAAUACGAAAUCGAGAAUCUCGCCUUCCUGGACAUUAUCUACGAAUCCGGCCCGUCGUUCCGUCUACGGAUACAUAGCGAUUUGGAGGAGGCGCUGCUGGAACGUCAAGUCAAGGACAAGACGGCGGAGCAGUAUCUUCGGCAACGGGCCACGACCCUCCUCGCGACAUUUAGGCGGUUGUACACCAACCUGCCGUUACACAACCAAUACAUUUCCACCUGCGCCACACGCUUCCCAGCCUUGUCCCCGACCAUUCGUCUCGUAAAGCACUGGUUCAACGCUCACAAGUUAUCAUAUCACUUCACCGAGGAAUUCAUCGAGCUCGCAGCCCUCCAUGUGUUCCUUACGCCAUACCCCUGGGACGCCCCCACCAGCGCUAGCAGCGGCUUCAUGCGCACGUUAUUGUUCCUCUCCCACUGGGACUGGCGCUCGGAACCCCUCAUCCUCGACACGAGCGCCGAGAUGACAUCCUCAGAACGGACCUCGAUCGCGACCCGUCUCGAAGCCUGGCGUAAGAUCGACCCCAACAUGAACCACACCGUCCUCCUCGUCGCCACGUCCCAGGAGCCCAGCGGAGUCGCCUGGACCACGGUCGACGGCCAGGCGAAGCCCUCCAAGGUGGUCGCGGCACGGAUGACGUCCCUCGCAAAGAGCGCGUCCCGGCUCAUUAGGGAGCAGGGCGUGGAGCUCGACUGCCGGCGCUUGUUCGUACCAUCACUCAAGGAGUACGACGUGCUCAUCCACCUGAACAGUAAGGCGCUGAAGGGCACGCUGAAGACGUACGCCACGAUCGACCCCGAGCAGGAGGACGAGGAGGACGCCGGCCGACCCAAGUUCAAGAACCUCGACGAGCGGACCGGCCAGGACCCGCUGCCCCUGGCGCAGCACCCCGCCGAGCUGUUCCUGCAGCAUCUGAGCGCGGCGUAUGGCGGGCCGCUGGUUUUCUUCCGUGGCGCGGUGGAGGACAACACCAUCGGGGCGAUCUGGAACCCUCAGAUGCAGAGGCGGACUUUCAGGGUGAAUCUACCGACUUCGUACAAACCUGCUGGUGGGAAGAAGCGGGCGAAAGGGGAUGAGGAUGAGGAUGAAGAGGCAGAGCUGGUGGAUGUCAAUAGGGACGCGAUUUUGUCGGAGAUUGCGAGGAUAGGAGCGGAUUUGGUUGAACGGGUUGAAGUGAAAGGCGCAUAA